CUUUCAUCCCAAAUCCGCACCUAAUUGCGCCACUGGACCGUCUCGUAGGCGGGCAUCCUCAUUUGCGAAGCAUACAAAGGUUCUGGUACGUCCGCGCAAGCUUUGCGCAUUGUUCCAAAUGCCAAUCUUCCAAUGUUCACGCCUAUAGAAACUGCGCUGGGAGCGCUGCUCCUACACCAUAGUACGACGACGCUCCUUUACAAUAAUGGAGCUGUACUCGGUGCCUCAGGGUUGAUUCGACGACUUUUGACCGCCCCAACUCUGACGACAGGGCUAUUCUUCGCGGGCAUGUCGGGUAGCGCCGGACUCAUGGCGUUCGUUUGUCCAGAGUUGCUACCGUCGUUUCCCGGCGUAGAGCAAAAAGCUGGAUAUUACCUCUUCACGGUAUUGAUGGGACUGUUAACGGGGUGGGGAACGAAGGGCUGUAACGGUUGCACUUCUGGCCACAUGCUCUGCGGCAUGUCCAGGUUUUCCGGCCGCUCCAUCCUCGCAACCGCGAUAUUCUUCCCCACCGCUUUCAUCACAUAUUUCCUCUCUCACCGUUCGGGAAUUCCGACUGCGGCAUGCCCCGCUGGCCAACCUUGCUUUGUGCCCGUCUAUCCGUCGCAAGCAUUGACACAGCGCCUCCUCCUGCUCGCCCUGGGCACUAUCCUCGCUACGAAUUGGAUACCGCGGUGGCUAUCCACCCGUUCUGCCCAACCGACGCUGCCGAAUCGGGUGACAUAUCUGCUUUCUGGCUUCACAUUCGGUCUGGGACUUUUGCUCUCGGGGAUGGGGAACCCUGAUAAGGUCCAAGCGUUCUUCUCGAUCUAUCCGAUCCGAAACUGGGAUCCUAGUUUACUUGUGGUCGUCCUCUGCGGUCUUGUUCCUAAUAGUCUGUACAACCUGACCUUUGGCUUGGAGGGGAAACCGAAGUUCGAGGCCCGCUUUCAACUGCCCACGAAGUCGAUCAAAGACUCGGAUUGGAAAUUCGUCCUGGGAGCCAUGACAUUUGGUAUCAGUUGGGGUCUCACUGGGACUUGUCCCGGACCAGCAGCACUGAGAACCGUUCUACAGCCUGCAUGGGGGGUGUUAUGGAUGGCGGGCUUCUGGUUGGGUUCUAUUAUAGGUUGAUACCCUUGCAUAUGCUAGGUGGGGUUUCUCUGGCUUUUGAUAUUUGGGCAUGUGUCCCAUUUUAUGAUACAGCGCCAUGUUAGCUGCUCUCACAGUAUUGCAGCGAUAUCGGCACAAGCACCACCAGAGACCCAUGGCCGGCCGUGCCAUUUCAAAAAGCCAAAUUCGGGGGGGCGAUUCGAUGGGC